CCUUGCUCUUUUUUGUUGUUUUGGGAGAGAAGGGAGGACGAGCACACCCACAGCAACAUGUGGAACCCGUGUUAUCACAGCCUCGGCUUGGCGUCACCACUGCUACUAUGCCUUCAAGGGAAAAUAAUGCGACCCUUCCCAAAGCAAGCAACCCAGGUGAAGAUUCAUGCUUCGAAUGCAACAUUUGCCUGGAUGGAGUAAGGGAGCCCGUGGUGACGCGAUGUGGCCAUCUGUUUUGCUGGCCGUGCUUGUAUCGGUGGCUCAACACCAACCAAACGGAAUGUCCGGUGUGCAAGGCCGGGGUCACAGCCAGCAACGUCGUUCCUAUUUACGGCAGAGGGGCGGAAGGCGUCGAUCCGAGGACAAUACGCACCGAACGUAAUGGUGUUCCAAGUCGGCCGGAAGCAGAACGUCCACAGGCAGCAAGACUGAGGCACGCCAACGCCUUCACAGGUGGUUUUGAUGUUGGAGGGGGAGGUGGAGCUGGCGCAACAGGCGUAGAUGGUGUUGGGAAUGGUGUCGCCGGCGGGCAUGUGCACUUCCAGGCUGGUCUUGGAUUCUUCCCUUCAUUGUUCGGACUUCAGUUUCAAAGCUUUACGUCACCAGCACGACCUGCCAGUGCUAGAGCAGGCGACGACGAGGUGGCGGAGAUAGUGGAUGGGAGUGCCGCGGUUCAAGUGAACAGAGGACCUAGCCGGGGGGCGGGGGCGGUAGAGGAGGCACAGCAGGCGUUCUUAUCUCGACUAUUGCUUGUGUUGGGGUCUUUUGUCGUUUUAUGCCUUGUCUUGUUCUAGGCACUUGGUGUUCUGUUGUUUCGCGUGCACGUAAUCCAACGCCCUGUGAAUUACUCCGCCUCUGGAAGGUUUGAAAAUCCAACCGCGUGGGUAUGGGUUUCUAAUAGCAGUUGCGUGGGUGGAAGUGUAGGGCAGCUGCAGCAGUAGUAAAACAUACGUGGGCUGCGCGAUGGGUGUCGAGAUUAACCUUGGAAGAAAAUAUCUCUGGACCUACGACCCGGCGAGUCAAUCAACUUGACGCCUCUGUUUGUGUUUAGGUGUCAAAACGCAAUAAAUAAAAUAUCUGCGCAAACGACCACGCAACGAGCGUGGACGUGCAAUCAUCACGGCUGCACAGAACUGGUCGUAGUCGCGUGAUACUUCUGAGCACGAGCAACAGAAGAGUUGGGGUUUGUUAGCGCUACAGUAUCCUGAAAAAAGUACUGAUCAAAUCCUGUUCUGAAGCUUGGGCCUCCACGUUUUGUCGCAGACCCUCUCAUUCCGAUUCCUUCACCCUUGCCCGGCUGUCUCAAUAGCCGAUCUCGACCUAUGGCACACGGCUCGCCACAUGUCGAGUAUGCCUCGAUAGGGCAUCCCAAAUCAUAGCCAGUCACCAAGUGUGCAGUGGUGUGCAUGAGAGUGUGUGCGGUCAUGUGCGACCAUCGGCCUUUUUUCUCUCUCGGCUUCACUGGUUCGCCGUCGUCCUGUCCUCGCGGCUCUUUUUGGAAGAUUGGUGGGAUGGCACACUCGCUUCACGCGGCUUACGGUUCUCGCAAGUGUUUCUUUUUGUCGAAAGGUUUCUGGUGUUUACACCCGCA